AUGGCCGAUAUCGAAAUAGUCUACAGAUCCAUCGUGAGGUGCAUCAACGAACGAAGAUGGGAGGAACUGCCAAGAUACAUGCACUCACACAUCGUCAAGGACGGCCAAGACUUCAUAGCAGGGGACUAUAUCGCCGAACUGAGCAAGACUGGCGAUGUCGAGCUUAUCAUCGAUGCUGUGGCAGUUGACAAGUCUCAACAGUGCAUAGCAGCAGCCGUCCUCGUUAGGUUCAAGCCCGCGAGAGUAGUUGAUGAUGCCGCCAUACCCGACAAAACCAUCUCGUUCACGGAGCAAAUGUUCAACUGGUUUACAGAAGGGAAGCUUUCCAAGACUUUGAUAGUGGCAGAUCGUCUCGAGAUGCAGCGCCAACUUUCAAACCCCGAUGCAAGGUACACGCCGGACCUUAUCACCGAAGAGAAUCCGCCAAGAGACCCUCUCGACGGGGGACUAUCCGCGCUCGAGCUAGAGAGCAAGUAUAGGGCGUAUCUUGAUUGUAUCAUGGCGCGAAGAAUGGAGACGGACCUGCACAAAUUUGUUCACCCGCAGACGGUCUUCAACACCAAGACUCUGACGGAAGAGGGCUACCGAGACCUGGUACAGGAAUUCUUCACAGUAAUCCCUGACCUCGGCCUGGGUAUCUCCACCAUGGUCGUGGACGAGCGAACGCAGCGAGUGGCGGUACGGAUCGCGAUAACCGGCACACCCAUCGACACGUUGGCUGGCGUCAAGCCCAACGGAAGCGCUGUCAGCGUCUACGAGCACGUCACCUACCGCUUCGAGAAGGGGAGGAUCGCGAGGGUAUGGAGCAUCGUCGACUGGGAGUCCUACACAAAGCAGAUGUCAAAUUAA